CGCAAUGGACCCGAGGCUGUGCAGGCUUUGGGUGUCGCCGCUGGAUCGCGCGCGGUGGCUGGUGCUGAAGCGAAUGCGACAGGAGUGGAAGCAACGCAGGGCGGCCAGUACAGUUACGCCACGUCACUGUAGCCCCAGACCUGGUAGUUGAUGAGUCCUCCCGCUUAGGCUUAGUAAUAUGUAUAACAGGCUGUAAGUAGAAGUCUCUCGUUCGGAUUCGGUCGUGAGCGGGAAAACUAAAAGCAACGUAGCCCGGUCUUGGACCAGGCCCCACGGGUGUUCUUUUCGUCUGCGUAGAGACAUAUUUAUUCGUUAAAAGCGCUAAAGUAGUUCUGGUGGGCUCGCGGAAGCUGUCAGUCGCGCAGUUCUUGCAGGGCCUCAUUGUAGGUGGAGCAACAAGUAAGCCU